AUGCUCCUAUAUGAUCAAGCGUCUCAAAUAACCUCUGCUGAGGAAGCCCUACUCACUGCAUUCUCGUGGCGGUGUUUUCCCACCAAAUUCCAUCCGUCGCAGCCACAUUUACUUGCUAGCGGUUGUCUCGGUGGGAGUAUUCGCUUGUGGAAUUUGGAAUGCUUGAUCAAUGUCGACGGUAACAACCUUUCCGAACCACGACAGCUUUCCUGUACAAGCGUUUGGAAGCACUCUGGUGCAAUCGCUUCCCUUGCAUUCCACCCGACGCACCCGAUUCUUGUAGCCGCGUGGUCUCAGGAAGUCGUAUUUUACGACUGGGUAUCUGGUCGUAAAUUAUCUGUUUGGCGAUUUGUGUCAAAUCACUCACGUGUUCGAUGGGUUCGCUUCAGCCCGGACGGCUUUCUCCUGUAUACUGCUACGGCUAAUCCUUCCGGUCAAAGCCAGCUCUCAGAGGAUCAAGAGAACCAAGCUCAGAACUCAAGUAACAAUUCAUCAGGUUUACCUACAACUAAUUCAAGUGCCUGUGGUAGAGAAUGUGAUGACAUACAACCUCAAACAAUUGGAAUUCCACGGGAUGCACUUCUUCAGUUCCUGGUUAGCCGACCAGAUUCAUGGUUCCAACAACUGGGUGUUUGCAGUGCUUGCUCGGUACGGUUAUGUCGUUGGGCUGGUACACUAGGACCGGAGUUCCCUUCCCCUAAAGUAGAUCUGUAUCGUGGAGUCACAACAGUUUCUAGGGUAGCUCAGGCAGUAGCGUCUAGUUUGCGUCUUACUGGCUUGCCGCUGUCCCACGUUGUUCAAGAGUUGCUCCCUGUGGAUCCUUCCGAACCCCCAUCGGACACUGCACAUUGUUUGUUGAAUGAUGCCAACCCAGCAGCUGUGGCUAUCAUCGAAGACAUGCCAGUGCGUGAAUUCUUAAUGUCCCGUGGUAACUACUGUUCUUCACCGUCUACGGUCAUUGGGAAGGGCGGCGUGUGUUGCGGCGGUCACGCAUGCGACUUGGUUUUAGCCCAUCGUGAUCUAAUGCGUCAUUCUAUUUGUCGACCGUGUUUAGCUGCGUUUUGGCGUUGGACGAGUCAACAUGUUGCGUGGUGGCGUUGGUCUAGACAUCUUGUCGAGAACACCCCUUUAGCAAGGUCUGAAACAGGAUCUUUCGCGCAAUCAACUCUCCGACGGGACCCUGUUUCCGUAACAAAGUUCCUUCAGAACACCAACCAUAGCGUAAUCACUGAUGUACCGGAAUCACAGACUGCGGUCGGCAUUUGUAUUCGUUGCCGUGCUAGGACCAACAUAUCGACCAAAGACGUCCAUCGUGCCCCGCCUUCGAGUUCGAAGGAAUCUACAGUCGAUUCUCCAUCUUCAGAUGUCAGCAAGCGCUGUAUCCCCGUAGCUGCCUUGGAAUUGCUGCAGUCACGUCUUGGCAACGCGAAUGAUGUGACUCAAGUGACUUAUAUGGCUUCUGAGUUGAUAACAGAAGGUGUCAUCUCCGGACGAAUUGCUGACUUGCUGCGAGUUGAGCCGUUUGUCAAAACAAAAAUCAGUCUGCCAGAAUCAUUCUUAUAUCUCCUUCAACAGGCUACGCUCGUGCGUCGUGUUCCAACAGUGGGGCGUGAACUUAAAAGUGUGGAAGCACCGGAUCUGUUUGAGUCUCGUCAGCGUGGUUUGGCUGAACAAGCCGCUUCGAUUGGUCAAUUCAUGAUGAGCACCCCCGAUCAAGCAUGGAACAGACCGUGUUGUGCAGAAGUCGUCAGUCCACCUUGUGCCGAAGUCGAAGCACCACUUCGCUUAGAACUGUUUCCUUACGUACCCACCGGUUCCCGUCUCUUACGCCCCACAGUAUCCACAAGAACCGAAAGUCACGUCCCAGAAUGUGUUCAAAUGGAUUCCCGUUCUUCAAAACCCAGUGUUGUUUUGCGGAACCGGAGUGAAGAUAGCCUACGUGUAUUUGAGCAGUCGGCAGACGUCGACCCAUUGAAUGGGCGCUCAAUGACAGCCUGUUGUCGAUGCGGUCACAUCGUCCCACAGACAUUCCCCAUCGAUCCACAAUCUAAUUUAAGUGCUGUAGUGUGUGAAAAGCUGGUAUUGUCCGAGGACCAGUGCCAUUCCACGAACGCGCUACCGAACCGUCACCAUGCGUUCCCUCGGCGUCGGCCACAUUCACCUCACGAACCACAUACCGCCGCCAUCCCAGUUGGGUCUUGCCGCCCGAACAAGCCGUACUCCCAAAUGACUGAUGAUUCUUUGCCGUCGCGUUUGGCCAAUCAAAUGAUCACCUCUGAUGUAACUGGUACUCCUAGCGAGACACCUUCCUCCAGUCAGACGUCAAUUCAAAGUUUGCAUUCUGGGAAUAUGUUCCAGUUAAUUAACCAUACAAACACGGAUUCCGUGAUGCACGCAGUGAAUCGCAGUAUCACGGAGGUUAUUGCUGGUUUGUUUGUCAACAUGGGUGAACACGGAUCUGCGUCCAGCCUACAGGAGACCACGUAUCGCGUCUGUCGAUGGGAAUUAAACUUAUGCGGUCCUAUACAAGCGGAUUGCGCACGGUGUUCCCCCAGAAAAUCUAGCCAUCCGGUUGCACCAGAAGACCCGUCGUCACCUCGUUCCUUUUUACCCAUGCCAGCCAAUGUUGCUGUCUCGUAUAACACCAAUAGCUUGGUCAUCCCACACGCUCGACUUUUCAACGACUCUUCCAUUUGUCUGUCGCCGGAUGGACGAAUGCUGGCUGCUUUUGUUACUCCAUGUUCCACCUCAGAUCGUGUGUCCGACUUGCGCCACGGCGAUCGUUCAGCGACCAAUAUGGACAGCAGUGCAAGCUCAUUGGACACAAUGCUAGCAGUCUACCGUCUCCAGCCUCGAUCACGACGCGGUCAGUGUUUGUUUGCGCAUCGGUUUCGUACGUGUACUCCUGUGUGUCUGGAUUUCUCGCCGCUGAGUGAUUAUCUCGCUGUAGGAAUGGCUACAUCGCGGUUACCUUCUGCAGCGUUGCCGACUUCCUCAAUACGUCGAAUGACUGGUAGCGGCAUGAUUGUGGAUGCUGCUGGCAGUCAAGGUGACCUUUUGGACGUGCAAAGUUUACGAAGCACCACAAGGGAUGAGGCUGUUCAAUCUAACGCACCUGAUUCCACUCUUCUUCCAAUGCGCCAUGCGUUUGUUGCUAGAAUCUUUCGACUUGAACGGAUAGCGCAAGACAUCGGGACGCGAUGCACCACGAGUCCUGUAGUACGGCGACUCAAAGAGAUAGUCAGUAUACAGCAUCCUGGUAUGUCCAUUCCCGUAUCAUCGUCGUCCCUGCAGUCAUCAAAUCAACCAGUCCUCAAUAGUUUGCCUAGUCGCUGGCAUCGUUUGCUUCUGUCUUCUCCUGCCGGGAUUUCGCUCAACACGAUCGUUUGGAAUCCUCAUGGUGGUCUGUUCUAUGGAACCACCAAAGGACUCGUGGUUUUAAUGCAAUCUGAACCGGAUGCAUUUUCCCACAAAAUGGAUUUCACUCCAGGAGUCUCAGCAGUUCUCUCCGCUCCAGAUGUAGACUAUGAGCAGGACAAUGCCCAUACAUCAUCUAGAACUAAGCAUGGAAUUUCCUCUGUUCAUCGUCUAACCUGCGGCUCCGGGCGCUUUGUUCGCCUUGCUCAUCCAGAUAGCUCUUCCCUGUGA